GUCUUCCCGCCGUAGUUUAACAGUGAGCUAACUAAUUGAUGACUGGGUCAAUGACGGCGCCAACUGUCAUCCAACCGCCCACGGCUCAGCAAGCUAUACGGAGUACUAGCUAUUUAUUGAGUUAACUAAUACUUAAACAAUGAUAGAGUAUCCCCUUCUUUCUACGGCUACAUCUAGCAAUGAACUGCUUAAGCAAGUCGUCAAUGUGGACCAACCACAGCUAGUAACUAUGGAAAUCAGUGAUAUGACCAUGGUCUUAAUUCCAGUUCCGCAUAUGCCCCCGCCGUGAGUGGAAGCGUCGGACAAGAAGGGGUUACAGUGUGACAGACUCUCUGCACCAGAUAGCCGGCAUGUUGCUUUUCCUCACUCAAGCUGCUCUUCAUAACCAACUGUCGGCUAGUCAACUAGACCUCAUGUCCCGUAAGCUGUUUCAAAUGAAGCUCCCAACAAAGGUAGCAAGUAUAACUAGUUAAUAGUAGCUGCAACUGCAACAACCACGCUACAGGGAGUAUUACUCCAGAUAUCUCGAGAGCCACAAUAACUACCUCAAAUACAAUCAGCAGACAUUUUUCUUCCCCUUCGCUGCGAUUUUUGUGAUUUCUCAUGCUUGUGACAACAUAAUAAUACUGGCUUUCAUUAUUAGCCUAAGGUAUUGAUUCAUUCGUGGGGAGAGUCGAAGCUAUCCCUUGGUGUAACAUCAUUGAGCAAUAUCUCUUCUCUAAAUGUUAGUUAACUCCCCCAUUCUUACCUCUAUCAUACCAUCAGUCAAGAACGCAGUGGGCCUAGAAUGUAUCCAAACAAUAGAGAGAACUACAGCCAAACAAUAUUAAGUCACAGUGACUUCCGUAUUUCCAGCCCUAAGACGCAUGCGUAACUAGACAUGCCACUGGGCAUACCACAGCUUCAACUCUAUGCAUUCGACGUAGUUUACCCAGCCUGGGUAGAGUGCCCGUGGGAAAACGGCAAUACGGUGCCCUGGCCCGACGGCGGCCAUCCAGGCAGCCAGCCUUGCAUCUCGUGGCCGGAUCUGAUUGUAGUGAGUCCGUGUCCGUCGCUGGGCACAUACGUUUGGCUGCAGCAUGAGCCUCUCGUCUUCGUGGUUUUCGUAGACUUGUUCCGGGUCGUCUCGAAGGACUCUGAUUUCGAACCAGGUGUAGGAUCCAUCGUAGGAGUCGCGCACGCCCUGCGAGCACCAGCCUGGAUAUCAUCUGUCAGCUCUAUCAGGCCAGAGUAGCUAGAAGAGAGUCAAAAUGAGCGCAGACCUUGAUCAUGAGAGACAGUCAGGAUAUCUAUCCUGCGCAGGUAACCCUGCAGCGCCGGACACUCGACCUCAAUGUACGGCCUGAUCCUGUCGUUCUCGGUGAAAUAGAGCUCUCGCUCCCGCCGCGCAGAGACAGCCACCCAGAACUCAGCCUCGUCCAAGAUGUGCGCCAUGAUGGUCUCCGGCAGUCCC